AGGCCAACUCUGUUACAAAACGUUCCUUCAACUAAAUCAAACGGAACUAAAUCAGGAGGGACUUAGACAUAAUUAAAUGUUAGUAAUUUAAUAGGAUAUCUAUGGGGCCUACCUGAAUUUGUCCAAAAUAAACUCGUUAUAGUUGAGAACGUUUUGCAACUAUUUGGACUAAUGAUUACAUCACAGAUAACUAAGCUUUCUCUCUGAUCUGUGUUUAGUUAAAAAAUAUCACUUUGUAGAGGUCUGACAUUAAUACAGAUCUAGGAUCAGUGCAUUGAAGAUGCGUGUUACAAUAUAAACCGUAAAACUGAUCUUAAAUCAGCAUGCCGGGACAUCAUCUGACAUCACGCACCAGGUCUAAGAACAAUGCAGCUGAAUGGCUUGUGAAGUGGGCAUGUCGCCCCCAACGUCCAAUCGGAGACGUUUAUAUUGCAGAGUGGCCGCUUGGAACAGUCCUGUCCAGUUUUGUCGGUAACUGAAUACCACAUUUUGUAAUGUAAUAAUAACAGAAAAUAAAAGCGUCUAGCUACAUUUGUGUUAUUUUACCCGUUGGAUUUUGUUCAUGCUGUCUUUCUUGCCCGCUGUGUGCACAUUGUGCAGGUCUGAAGAGGCAUUUAUUUGAAGAGGCAUCAUGAGUAGGGAGCCAGACGCUUUGGCUGUGGUGAACCAGUUGAGGGAUCUUGCUGCAGAUCCUAUGAACAGAAGAGCUAUUGUUCAAGACCAAGGUUGCUUACCGGGACUCAUCCUUUUUCUGGACCAUCCCAAUCCCCAGGUUGUCUACUCAGCACUCCUGGCUGUUCGCUACCUUGCAGAAUGUCGUCAAAACAGGGAGAAAAUGAAGGCAGAGUUGGGGAUGAUGUUAAGUCUUCAGAAUGUCAUGCAAAAGACAACCACCCCAGGAGAGACUAAAAUGCUGGCCUCAGAAAUCUAUGAACUCCUCCAGGCUUCUAACGGUGAGGAUACAGACAAGCCUGAGGAGGGGCCCUCUUGCAGACGCAAGGACCAGUUCUUCCUGGGAUCCACCAACAAGCGGGCCAAAACAGUGGUCCUCCACAUACAUGGCUUGGAUGACUCUAGCCGGAGGAGCCUUUGUGAAGAGUCCUUGUUGAAGAUCCGAGGCGUCAUCAGCUUUACAUUCCAGAUGGGCAUUAAGCGGUGCAUCGUCAGAAUCCGCUCAGACCUGAAGGCAGAGGCUCUGGGUUCUGCCAUCGCCUCAACUGAAGUAAUGAAAGCUCAACAGGUGGUCAGGGGAGAGGAUGGAGAAGAGGUAAUCAUCCCAUUCCCAGAGGAUGGUUCGGUAGCGGUGGAGCAGAAUGUGGCUCUUCCAGACUACCUUCCAGAGGAGGAGAGCCCGUCCCAUGAGCCAGACAAGGCUGUGACCUGUGUGGGCACAGGGCAGGAUGGAGCGAGCUGGCUAGGCACUGCAGCUAACUUCCUGUCCCGCUCGUUCUACUGGUGACAUUCCCAGACCUCUUCAGAUACUACAGAUACAGAAUCAGGCUCCCAGCUGCCAAAGAGCUGGACUGCCAAAGGCAAUGUGUAACAACAAACUCACAAUCUCACACCCACCUUGCACCAUACAGAAUCACCAAGCCAUUAAGGGGAGAGGACUGGCUUCCGGAAUUGAUUCUUAUUUCUUAUCUUUAGGGUUCUGAUUGAGAGCUAGACUAUUCUUUUCAUGUAAAUGUUUUGAAAACCAAAUUGUCUUGUUGUGAGGAGCAUUAUUGUGGCAGCAUUACGACUUGAUCCAUCAGAAAGGGUCCAAACGUUACCACAAAAAUAAUUUCCUGUAUUUAGAGCACUUUUUUUUAAGGAUCUGAGAGCGUGUUUGCAUUAAGGGUCUUUUUCUCCCUGCCUUUUUAUCUGACUUUUUAGACCAAGAACUGACUCAUCCUCCCCUUUUUUAGCAAUGGGUGUUCCAGAAUAUGCAGUAAUCAACGUGUGUUCAGUUAUCGUGCCUUUCGUUUAAUUCUGUUUACAUCUAGACCCUUGUGACUGACUGUCAGCUUUAGAUCUGAAAUGUAUUCUGCCUGUAAGGCUCCCUGCUUUGAUAUAUUCCAAAGGUUACUGAUGUAGACAUUGGAUAAACUCCAAUCUAGGUACUCUUCAAUUCCAAUGCCAAGUGAAAUCAUUAAUGGAAUCUGUCGUGAGUUAUGAGAUAUGUUUACAGGACUGGGUGGCUGGUUGAGACCGUUUUCUCUCCAGAAACAGCAUGGGGAUUUUACAGUCUGACCACUGUGGUAUUCUCUAACAACGUGGUGUCAUGCAUUAUUAGCUUGUUUCAUGUUAAGUAUUACUCAUUCGAAGGACAAUAUUAGAAUAUCUUUCCUAAGGAAGAGCAUUGUUCCUCUUUUAGGGACAGCCUCUGCCAUUUCCCCAAUGUCUUGUAUGAUUUAAAAAUAAUACAAGGCUAAACGUAAUCUCUCGUGGACAGACUACAUAAACAUAAAUGAUUAAGCAUCUGACCAAAUUACAUGAGAUUUAAGUUCUGGUUUAACCAAGAUUAGGCUAAGCCUAACAUUAAUCAUCUCUGAAUACAUGUUGAUGGAAACAAACAUGGUUAGAUUUAAUUGGAGAUGGAUUGGCCAGCAGUGUCCUUAACCUGUCGUUAAAGGGAGCUCAAGUGGAUGCUGCCAUAGUUUAGGGUUGUCUGUAAGUAUAGAAUUCAGAAUAUUUUGGUUCAGUCUAUAUAGUGGAUCAAUUGCCCAGCCUCUGAAAUAGCUAUGCUAUCAGUGCAUGUUAGUGUAUGAAUGGGAAAUGUUUAUUAUUAUGACCUUAUUACUGUUCAAAGUAAAUCUCAGCAUAAGAAGUAUUCAGUUUGGACCACCUAUUUUACAGGUAACAACCUCUCAGUGGGAGAACUUUUCAAAUGAGGUUACCUCUGUGGAGGGGGGUCUUUGUAUAGAAUUGUCAAGCAAUGUCCUGUUGUCCACUCAUGUAUUUGUGUUGCUUCAUCCUGUAAAGACUCCCAUCUCGUACAAUCACACCUGUCUAGAUUGUGUUCAUCAUGCCAGGGCAGCAUGCAUCGUAUUUGCGAAUACUCUAUAGUUCACACUCAUCAAUACUGUGCAUUGGUUGCCAAUGAAGUAAUUCACAAAGAAAUAUGUAAAUAUAUUUGUCUUGUCAUUGACAUGCUUUUUGUUCAGAAACCAUUAUUAGGUAAACUAUCAUGAUUUAAGUCAGCCUUUUUUUUGUCAGCUUUAUUUGACUCAGGUGACAUUUCUAUCACAUAAUCCAUGUAUUUUAAAUUAACCCCCAAACAUUAAAUAUUUCCUUUCCCUCCUGACUAUUAAUGGGUAAUUCCACUACUACAUUUUCAUUAUUUCCAGCACAGUACCAGUGUCUACCGGCAAUAAAAUACCCUCCCUCUGGCUAGAAACUCAUUGCAGAUUUUGAAAAUCACUUAAAAUAAUAAAUACAACCUUUUUAUCCUGCACUGUGAUGUCACAAAGAAGCAUUUUAUAGGACCUUAUCUUUUUAACCACAGAUAAUAGAAACACUGUUAUCAGACAUGUAGACACUGGUUUGGUGCUGGAGAUAAUGAAUGAGGUUGAAAAGUGAAUUGCUCUUUUAGCAUUACAACCUAUUUAUGCUGGAGUUGUUUCUUUCCACCAAUACAGAAUGAACACCUAUCGCACAGGAAUGUUAUGUACAGUAUGUAUGUGCAUCACAGGUAUGUUUGCCUGUAGGGUUGUGGGCCAUUGUGUUUUUGAUGUGAGUUAUGAUUCCUAAGAGUUACAUCAAAUAAUAUUAAAAAACAAUGUUAUUAUAUGAAAUAUGUAAUUGUUCAUUUUAUUGACACUGAUGGGAUAGGGUACUGCCUCAAAUGGAGGACAUGUCCGUUUAUUCAACAAAAUAAACGAUGAAAGAUGUUGA